AUGCUUAAGAGUUUCAAACAUUUUGUAAAUGGUGCAAAAAGUAAAGCCUACACCACCCCUAUCGCUCACACCUACGCUGUCCCAAUCAUCAACAAAGCCUACGCCGCGCCAGCUUUCGAGAAGACCUUCCCUGGGCACUUGGGAUACUCCGGACACUUGGGAUACGCCGCCCCAUUGUCUUACGCCAAACACUACACCAGCUACGCCGCCCCAAUCGCUAAAACCUACACCGCACCUCUUAUCACCAAAGCUUAUGGCGCCUCAAUAGCUCACACAUACGCCACUCCCAUCGUCGCCAAAGCACCAGCAGUGCACGCAGCCCCUGUUGUAAAGACCUUCUCCGAAGAGCCCUCCGUUUCCGAAUACGCCAUCUCUAUAAAAACCGCUCCAGGUGUUCACAGGACUCUCGUCCACCCUCAGGCCCCAAUCGUCCAAGAAAGAGUAAACCAUGUUGUCCGCGAAAAAAUUACUCCAGUGGUUCACUAA